UAAUUAGUCAAAAUGAAAAAAAAAAUUCUGAUUAUUGAAAUAAUUGUUAGAGAUUCAAAUGAUUUAGCAAACUAGUCAAACAAGAAAGUGAGGAGGCAAAUAUUAUAUUAGUUUCGUUUUAAUUUGUUUAUCUGAUUUUUGAUUUAAUGCUGAGUGAAAUGUUUCAAAAUAUCCAUGGGAUCUUGUGAUUGAAAUUAAAGAUAGAAAAGUCAUUUGCUUUUGCUUCUUGUGUAACAAAAAUUUCAACUAUUUUUAGUUGAAAACUCCAAAUUUCAAUUAUGAGUGAAGAAGGCAAGGACAGACAUUAUCACCACCAUGGCCACCAUUAUGGUCACCACCACCACCAUUAUGGUCACCACCAUCACCACCAUGAGGAGACCCAACCACCCCCACCAUGGCUACCAACAGCACCACCAGUAGUAACUGAAUAUGGUACUUUUCAACCACCUCCUCAACCAGUAAUCGGUUUUCCUCUGCCAGUUCCUCCACCUGGAUCAGUACUUGAACCUUCUGAAUACUAUGCUCGUGUCUAUCAGUCUGUUCCAGUUCCUCCACCUGGAGCAGUACUUGAACCUUCUGAAUACUAUGCUCAUGGCUAUCAGUCCGUUCCAGUAAUCAGUUUUCCUCUGCCAGUUCCUCCACCUGGAGCAGUACUUGAACCUUCUGAAUACUAUGCUCGUGGCUAUCAGUCCGUUCCAGGUUAUGUGGUUGAUGAGAGGAGACCUGUGACAGAGCCCCGCCUUCCUUUUGGUAUUGGUCUUGGCUGGUUCUUGUUCAUUAUUGGUUUCUUUCUUGCUGGCUUCCCUUGGUAUGUUGCUGCAUUUAUCCCGCUUUGCAACAGAUCAAUUGAUCAUCGAGAGAAAUCAGGAUACGUUGCAUGCACCAUUGCUGCUGUUCUUGCUGUAAUUGGUAAUAUCAUAUUUGGCUUGACAUGGAUAUUAUUAACAGAAUAAUGGUGAUCAACAUCUGUGGAGUAUUCGUGUUCUAGCUAGUUGGCUUGAUUAAUCCACAUUUAUUCAGAACAUUUCUGUAAAACAAAAGUUACAUGUUUUAAUUAGAUAUAUAUAUGUGCUUCCUGUAUUAUGAUGAAAUCAUUCAAUACUAUUCUUGUUUGUCUUAAGAUUUGGUUAUGACUUAUGAGAGUGACUCCUUUAAACAUGGCACAAAAGUUUCUGUCUAA